CGCGAGCCACUGCGCCUGACACCUUUAGGUAUUCUUAAGAAAACAUGUCUAUUCCUCAAGUGCUUACUCUGCAAAGCCUAGGUCUGCUACCAAGGAAUAAAAAUAUGGCUAAAUGUAUUUCCUUUCCUCCCAGAGCUCACUAUUCUGUAGGGGACAUAAACACAUAAAUAACUAGCUCUUGCACCAAGCAAGAUGUACAGUAUGAUAAAGGAGAUGUACAGACAGCAGGCUGUGGGAACCCGAAGGAGGGUUUCUGUGGGCAUGAGCAUGAAGGAGGGGCUUCCUGAAGGAGAAGGUAUUUGAACAUUCCUUUUGAAGACUAAAAGGAUGUCCGCAAAUGAAAUUUAGUGUAGAAUCAUGCCAGAUAAAGGGACAGUAUGUUAACUAUGCUAGGCAUUUCUUAAAGUAUUUAUAGCUGAGGUUAUGGGAAAAGAGAUACAUAGAAAUAUGAGAAUAUCUCCUUUGAAGAUUCUGAUACCCUGAUCCAUCUGACUAUGCUUAUUUUACUGCCUUUUGUGCAUUUGUCUUUUUCUUUAUUAGAUAUCGUUUUUGCCACUUUCCUUCUGGAAUUUUCUUUCCUGGCCGUUAGCUUCUCCCUCCUGCACCAUGGCCUCACUCUCACUGCCAUGCUCCCUUGGACUUCCUCUUUCUCUUCCUCCUCAUACUUUUACAUCGCCCUCCAUCCUUUACUCCUUAGCUUUCAUUUGUAUUCGCAGCAUUAAAGAUAGCCUCUUUUCAUUUCCCUGUAUUGGUGAGAUUGACGUGUUUACAAUAUGAACACACCGGUUUUCUCUUCUUCAGGCUCUGAAUCAUCAAGUCCGCAGUGCCACGUCUGGCCAGCACUUCUGUGUGUAUAGUGCCUGUUGUGGCUGAGAAGAGAUAAGGGCACAGUGGAAGAAAAUAAGUUGUUAAAAUCUGUUGGAAUACAUUAUCAGCUGCCGGGUUAGUAUAAGGAUGAAGUGGCCACCAUGUUUUGUGGCCAGCAUGUCAGAAGCUUUUGAUGUUCAGAGCCUUACAUUUUGAUACUUUAAAACAUUGUAAUAUAAAUUCACAUCAACUAAAUCCGGACAAUUUCACCAUCCACUACAUUAUUAAUUCUAGAUGGGAAAAUUCAUUAGGGCUUAAAUUUUGUUUGAGGCCCAACUGUUUUUUAAAUUAUUAUUACAAUGAUUUUCUAUUUAUUAUUUUUUUUUUACAACUGAUGGGAAGGGAAAUUUAACAGCUGUGUGAUUAGCAGGGCAUGAAAUUAAAAAUGUUGUGCACAGAAUCAAGUGGUUGUUUACUACAGAAUCCCUCAUCUGAGAAUUAAGUGCCAUUAAGAUCGGCCACAAGAUGAUAUCUUUCACCAUUCAAGUUUGGUUUUCACACCUGGUAUUUUUCUGCUAAAAGGCCUUUAACCUUUUCUGGAAGGAAAGUGCACGUGGAUUCAUCAUGAAGGUAGCAUCAGCAUUUCUAAUGCUAGUAGUCAAGAUUCCAACCAUGUCUCACCCAUCUUGGCUGCCACCCAAAAGCACUGGUGAGCCCCUCGGCCAUGUGCCUGCGCGGAUGGAGACCACCCAUUCCUUUGGAAACCCCAGCAUUUCAGUGUCUACACAACAGCCACCCAAAAAGUUUGCACCAGUAGUUGCUCCAAAACCUAAGUACAACCCAUACAAGCAACCUGGAAGUGAGGGCGAUUUUCUUCCACCCCCACCUCCACCUCUAGAUGAUUCCAGUGCCCUUCCAUCUAUCUCUGGAAACUUUCCUCCUCCACCACCUCUUGAUGAAGAGGCUUUCAAGGUACAGCAGGGAAAUCCCGGAGGCAAGACACUUGAGGAGAGGCGCUCCAGCCUGGACGCUGAGAUUGACUCCUUGACCAGCAUCCUCGCUGACCUUGAGUGCAGCUCGCCCUACAAGCCUCGACCUCUGCAGGGCUCCACUAGUUCUACAGCCUCUCCUCCAGUGUCGACCCCAGUCACAGGACACAAGAGAAUGGUGAUCCCGAACCAACCCCCUCUAACAGCAACCAAAAAGUCUACAUUGAAACCACAGCCUGCACCCCAGGCUGGACCCAUCUCUGUGGCUCCAAUCGGAACACUCAAGCCCCAGCCUCAGCCAGUCGCAGCCUCCUACACCACGGCCUCCACUUCUUCAAGGCCUACCUUUAAUGUGCAGGUGAAGUCAGCCCAGCCCAGCCCUCAUUACAUGGCUGCCCCUUCAUCAGGACAAAUGUAUGGCUCAGGGCCGCAGGGCUAUAACACUCAGCCAAUUCCCGUCUCUGGGCAGUGUCCACCUCCUUCAACACGGGGAGGCAUGGAUUAUGCCUACAUUCCACCACCAGGACUUCAACCUGAGCCUGGGUAUGGGUACACCCCCAACCAGGGACGCUAUUAUGAAGGCUACUAUGCAGCAGGACCAGGCUAUGGGGGCAGAAAUGACUCUGAUCCUGCCUAUGGUCAACAAGGUCACACAAAUACUUGGAAACGGGAGCCAGGGUACACUCCUCCUGGAGCAGGGAACCAGAACCCUGCUGGGAUGUAUCCAGCCAGUGGUCCCAAGAAGACCUAUAUCACAGAUCCUGUUUCAGCUCCCUGUGUACCACCAUUGCAGCCAAAGGGUGGACAUACAGGGCCACUGGGGCCUUCGUCUAUUGCACCUUCAUUCCGCCCAGAGGAUGAGCUUGAGCACCUGACCAAAAAGAUGCUGUAUGACAUGGAAAAUCCACCUGCUGAUGAAUACUUUGGCCGCUGUGCUCGCUGUGGAGAAAACGUCGUGGGGGAAGGUACAGGAUGCACUGCCAUGGACCAGGUGUUCCACGUGCAUUGUUUUACCUGCAUCAUCUGCAACAACAAGCUCCGAGGGCAGCCGUUCUAUGCGGUGGAGAAGAAGGCAUACUGCGAGCCCUGCUACAUUAAUACUCUGGAGCAGUGCAAUGUAUGUUCCAAGCCCAUCAUGGAGAGGAUCCUUCGAGCCACCGGGAAGGCCUACCAUCCUCACUGUUUCACCUGCGUGAUGUGCCACCGCAGCUUGGAUGGGAUCCCAUUCACCGUGGAUGCUGGCGGGCUCAUUCACUGCAUUGAGGACUUCCACAAGAAAUUUGCCCCGCGAUGUUCUGUGUGCAAGGAACCUAUCAUGCCAGCUCCGGGACAGGAGGAGACCGUCCGUAUCGUGGCUCUGGAUCGAGACUUCCAUGUUCACUGCUACCGAUGUGAGGAUUGUGGUGGUCUCCUGUCUGAAGGAGAUAACCAAGGCUGCUACCCCUUGGAUGGGCACAUCCUCUGCAAGACCUGCAACUCUGCCCGCAUCAGGGUGUUGACCGCCAAGGCGAGCACUGACCUUUAGAUUCCGUCACCUGUUCAGCUGGCACUGAGAAGAACGAACACAAGAAAAAGAUAAGAAAUACGAAAAUAGAGGAAAGGCCAUCAAACUACAGGAUAGUUUCUGUUCUUCAUCUGCUAUUAACCUUUCCUUAGAAACACAUAAAUUAUGAGUUUUUUUUUUUUAAAGUUGUUACCAAAUACACAUUUCACUUUGAAUCAUGUAGGAUUGAUGGGCCUUUGUUCCCAAGGACUUCCACAUUUUUGCACAGAUUAUGCUCCAUCCCAUUCACUUCUGCAUUCCUGUAACUUUUAAUCUCUAUGUUUGUCUCACUUUUCAUCUGGUUGAAUGGCUUUUUUUAGUGUGGUAUUUGCUGUCACAUAGUUUUUCCUGGGCGAGUCUGCCAACACACAGGUGCUUUUAGCCUUGAAAUCUCCAUCCUAUCAUUUCCAUAUUGCCUGUGACUAUGAAGGGCAGCCAUUCUUUUCCCAUGUAUUGAAGAGUAUGUUUUCUGUUGCUUUAUACAACUCAUGUUUUUAGGGAGGGAAAUGCACAAUUUUUUUUUGUUAGGCUGUAAAGAAUUUAAGUUGUAAAUUACAUAAGUUAGAACAAGCCCAAAUUUAAUUUGCAACCAUCAGAAUUCAGAAUCUACGGUGACCAGUGAUCAGGGCUCAUUUGAAAACACAUAUGGGCCCAUAGCUAAUAAGUGGUGACAGACAACUAAACUUCAAUAUUUUUCUAAAGAAAUUGCAGGUGGGAUAUGCUGGAAAGGCAUUUUGGGGUUAUGUUUUAAAAACCAUUAUUGUCCCACAGUAUUACCUUAAGAUUUUUCUUUUCCACACUACCGGGACAUUGUAAUACAAACUGGAUUUCUUCUAGAAGAUAACAUUUUCAGUACUGUCCCACUUUUCAUCUUACAAAUGUUGUCAUGUUUAUUCUAAUAUCCAACACAACUAUCAAAAUCGACUUUGACUUUAGAGGAUGAAAGCUGUGAAAAAACACAGUUCAAAUUCUCUUUCUUUUUUAGAUCCAGGUCCCUUUUGCCUGACGAUGGCGAAUAAGAGCAUACGAAAUAAAAUUGUGCAGCUUUGUUUAGUUUAUUUUCAAAAGAGUAAAAAGCUUGAAAAGAUUGUGAAACCACAGUUUCGUUAUUCUCAUAAUCCUUCUGCAACUGAAAUUACAGAUUGCAGGAGACAUUUUCAUAUCAUCAAGGUGACAUUUACACCACACUUUCAAAGACAAUCACUGAAAAAACAUUGUCUCUAUGAGCUAAAAAUAUGCAGAAUCUACGCCUGGGAUCUUCAUUCAAACUUUUAUUAGCCAGUGAAACACUUGCUUGCCAACUGCCAAGCCAUACUUAAUAAGUUAGAACAUGUUUCAUUUAAGGAGAGACACCUAGCUUAGUCAUGGCAAGUUGCCAUUUUGUAAACUAAGUAUUUUGGAUUGAAAUUUCUUAAACCUUUCUUUAAAUCUCCCACAAGUAUGUACUUUUAAAUUAUGGAGUAUUUUAAGUCUACAAAAAGGUAUAAAUAAUAAUAUAAUGAAUUCCUAUAUACCUAACACCUAGUUUAAGACCCAAAUAGAGCAAAUAUAAUUAUAUCCUCCAAUAUACCCUUCCCUUAUUCCAGUUAUCUUUUUCAUAAUUGUGAUGUUCAGAUUUCUAGUGAUUUUUUUUUUAAAUCUUUAAUUUUAACAUCAGAACUGAAAUAAAAAAUUACGGAGAUAUGUUUUGAAUUGCAAACUAUUCCUCAGGAAUUCCAAUUAAAUUUAUUUUACUUGAAUAGGAAUGAUCAUGAAAGUGAUUCUUUUUUUGUGACUAGAAAUUCUUAAGCCAGUGAUCACUACAGCUCAUCCUUAAUGUAUGGUUCAUUUGCUUUUGUCACUAAACAGUUUUGUGUUAGAACCACCAAAAUUAUGGCUUUUAAGAGGUUCCUUUGACCACUGUCCUUUUCUUACCCUGCUUCUCUUAUCUUUGAUCGUAUAUUUCUCACAAUGUGAAAUAUGAUGAGAUUCACUUAGGAGCCACAUGUGAGUUUUGAGAGGCAACGUCAACGUGUCUCUGAAUUCCUGUCUUCUAAAUUGAAGGCCAGACCAUGCUGAUAACCUCAAGGAGCACUGACUGUUUGACAAUAGGGCUGAUAAUGUAAUCAGCUUGAAUUGAUUUAGUAAAUUUUUAUGUGAUACGUUAGGGGAAAUUCUCUUUAGGACAAAGCAAAGAGUCCAGUUUAUUGAGGGGUAGAUUUUAUCCCCUAAGGUGGUCAUAUUAUUAUUAAUUUCGCCAAAAGAAGAAGAAUGUAUUGAAUAUUUAUACUGUAAAAUGCAAUAACAUUCUACUUGCUUAUUACAUUUGAAUGCUUGUGUAACUGAAUGUUUACAUGUCAAAAAAAAAAAAAAAAAAGCUGUAAGAAAAUGCCAUCACAGACCCACCCCUGUGGCUUUGUCGGCAGAAUACUGCUUGCUUACAAUCUUUAUUAGGCAUUCUUAUCACAUAACCUCAGAUUAUCUUUACCAAAGGUUUUUUAAGUAAAUCUCUUUUUAAUAUAGACUUAUACUUUCAUAAUAAUGAAUGUGCACUCAUACAUAUGUAGAAAUAUUUAGAUUUAGGGUUUUUUUUCCUUUCACUAGGUAUAAUAAGGAAAGUAUCCUAUCAUAUUUUAUUCUAGGAUUUCUUAAAUGUAUGAUUUAUAUUACUUACUUGUCUUUCCUAUUAAUCAUUUGAUUUAAACUAUGCCAAGUCACUCUUUAAUAUUUUAGUUGCCUGAAAUUUUGCCUGCAACAAAAAGAUUGUAUUACUUAAAUGAUUAUAAUCAUACUGUCUGCUGAUAUAAUGUCAAAAUUGUGAUUUAAAUACAUAAACAGUAGAAAAAAUCAGAGUCUAUAACAGAGAGUUUGUAAAAAUAUACUGGCUUAGAAAAGUUUCAAGAAUAUAAAUAUUUGGUAAUUCUGUAUUACAAGAGAAACAUGGAAAAGGAAAAAAAAUCCACUAUAUCAUGGGUUCUGCAAAACAUAUCACUAAGAUUUCUUAAAUUUUUGAUCUUCAGACCAUACUGACUCAACAUAGAGUCUCAGUGGCAAAGAAAAUUGCCCUUAAAGCUUAAAAUAAGGCCAGGUGCAGUAGCUCACACCUGUAAUCCCAGCACUUUGGGAGACCAAGACAGGAGGAUCGCCUGAGGCCAGGAGUUUGAUGCCAGCCUGGGCAACAUAAUAAGACCCUGUCUCUACAAAAAAUAAAAUAAAAUAAAAAACAAAUUAGCCAGACAUGGUGGCAUGUGCUUAAAAAAAAUUGACUCAAAAAUAAGUCAUGUGUCCCAGCAUAAGGCAUCAGGUCGUUAGAUGCUGGCAUCUCUGCAGCUCAAAGAUGUGGGUUCUUUUUCUUGUCAUUAACACAUUGUUACUUUUGUGGGAGCAACUUCUCUGAUCAAAAUUACUUUAUUGGGUAUGUGCUGAUUAAGGAGGUGGACUUACCAACACUGUAAUUGUUCUCUAUGAAAGGUCCUGCAGAGAUGUUUAUGGUGAGGUUUCGAGGAUAUAAAACAGUAACUACAUUUAAACAAGUAUUUUAUAUUUGGGUACAGAGGAAGAAAGAGAGGGCUUUUUCCAUGGGGCUAUAGUAGAGAUUUAAAGGAACAUAGACAGGACUCUGAAAACACAAUUUCCAGCCAUUUCUAUAGUUAGUAAAAAUCCUAUUAAUGUGAACCAGUCAGGAAUAACAGUGUUAUUUCUAUUUGAUAUGAUUUGGGUUUCUCUUGUCAAAUCUGUGUCGGCUGCCCCCUGAUCCUUCCAUUAUCAAGUUUUGAAGGGUGUUGGGGAAAUUAUGGCAGCUGCUAGGGAGAUCAGGGAAACACUGAUGUAACCUCAGAGCCUCUCACCAUUCUUCUUGGCUUGGAAAGGCUUUAUUUUUUCAUAUACAUUUCUAGAAAUAUUGCUAUUCUACCUUAGUAUUUCACAUUUGUAGUUUAAACAAGCGAUUGUCCAUCUGUUGCCUAGAGCUAUAGUACAUGUGUGUUAUGAAUGAAAUAUGACAGCAUGUUCCAUACCCCUGCUUUAGCCAUCUGUGGGAAACCAGCAAACUGAAAAAGAUACCUCUGCAAAAUGUGCCUGAAGUCCAUUUCUUGGGAUCGCUCAUUUGGUGCACUCUCAUGGGAGACAGAGAGCAACAUAGAUUUGUGCCUUAUUUUCAAAGAAUCUAUGUACACUACUAUGAAUGUUCCACUGAAGUGUCAAUAAUGUAAAUGGUAACCACCAAAUCUCAAAGAUAUUACUCAUCAAAAAUUUUUUUUAAAAAGUUAAAAAAAAAGAGAGAGAGAGAGAAAGAGAAAGCCAACUUUUCAUCUUAAUAUAUUCUAAAUAGUAUUUAUUUUUUCCUUGUCUUAGAAGUAUCUCAUAGGUCUUUAAAUAAGUAAAACAUUCUUAUGCCAGAAGGUGAUUUAUAGGAUGUUAAUGUUUUUUAUUUGAUUUUACAGUAGUUCUAGUGACAUAAUGAAUACAGAGACUUCAGUUUGAGCUUUUACCACCCAUUCAAGAAUUUUUUAAUUGUCUUCAUUUUAUUUGUUUAAUAGUGGUCCAAACAAGUUGAAAACUAGUUCUCAGUGAGACAUUAACAUGGUGCAACCGUGAAUAUUUUAGGUCAAGUUAUGUAGUUGCCAGAUAACUAGAAUGAAACUUUUCUCAUGAGACUGUUGUUUGGAUAGCAUAGCUUUAUUUUAAACCUUUAAAAAGUUACCUGGCUGGACCUACUAUGACUUGGUGAGAAUUCUUCCUCUCUCCUUUUCUGCCUCCCUCCCUUUCUCCCUCUUCCUUCCUCCCCUUCUGAUUUUUCCUACUUUCCUCUCUCCCUUUCUUUCCUUCUUUCUUUCCUACCUAUUAGUGUUGCUGUACAUGGAUUUUUUAUAAAUUAAAUUAAUGCAUUAUGAUUCUAUGUAAUUAUGAUUAUAUUAAUAAGGGGAAGGCUACCAGAAAUUAUAUGUGGCAUCAAUAAGAAUCUUCCUUUAUAAGGCCAUAUUUUUAGGUUGUAUUUAUUAGUAAGGUGAAAUGAGAUAAUAGAAUCUUUCCAUUUCAUUUUAAUGACUUUUCAUCAGGGACUCAGGUCACAGAUUUUUGGCAAAUUCAUUUAUGACUGAUCUGGUUUUCUCAGCUGUAUACAGAGUAAUCUUUCAAAGAUGAGGUUAAGAUUUUUUUUUUUAAUCUAAAGCCAUUUAACCACAAAAAUUAUAUUUGUAAUGAUGGCAUUUUAUUUUAUUCCAUUGCAACUUGAUAAUUUUCCUUAUGGCAAAGGAAUAACCCAUUAUAUUUUCAGAAUUUUAACACAGAUUAGCACUUAGCCCAUGAGACUAAUAUUAUAUUGUAAUAGUUGAUACUAAAAUAUUUUUUAGCAGGUUGGGCAGCACCAGAGUUUUUCUUAGAUCACAGAUUACAGGCAUAAUUUCCCUUCAAUCCAGAAAAAAGGACACUAAUUCCCUUUUCUAUUUUAUUUUCCUGGCCCUCAUGCAGAAAGUUGUGGACUCUUUCUUACUUACAACAUGCAUUUCUCUUAUUUUGUGGAGAGCUGGGUAAAGAUGCAUUUUUUUUCUUUUAACUGAUUGACAGGUUCCCCGCAAAAUUACAAAAAAGUGCUAAAUUUUUGCUAUUAACUUCUGGUUAUUUAACUGAUAAAUAUCUCUAUUUCUAGCCUUUGUUCAAAAUAAAAAUUAAUAUUCUGUAAACACCUAUGUAUGCUAAAGAGAGGGGGAAACACUGCAGCUAAUUCCUUUAUAAUACUUUCAGAUGAUGGCAUUAAGCCUUUCAUGUUAUGUGGCAUUGUUAAUUUUCCUAGAUAUCCAUGCACUUAAGGGCCAGAGAAAUACUUAUUCAUUUAACUCUGGUGGGUAUUUACCUAAUGUACUCAAAUAAAAACCUUAUUAAACAGCCACAGUUCAGUCAACUUGGCACUGAAUGUAGCUUCUAAAUUCAGUUCUCAGCCCUACAAAUGGAAUGUCCUACCAAGAAUGAGAAGUGUCACCAUGUCAACUUGUGUUCUGUACCACUUUAGAGAGUUACAGUUGACCUCAAACACUAUUUCCAAAUAAAUUAGAAUCGUGGCCCUUUUAAAGACCUGAAUCUUCUCUGAUAGUCUCCUGAUGAAUUACCAUCCCAUAUCUUCUUAUUCCUGGCCAGUAUGUAAUACUGCUGACAUCAGUCUGUUCUAGCUCUGUAGCUGCACAAAACAAGUGUUACAUCCAAAUCUUUGCCUCUUCGUGUCCAGUAUCACCAACUCAUUCAGCUUUUCUUCGUUUACUGACAUACUGUCAAGUCCCAUCACUGUCUGCUGCUUCUUUAAAAAGUGGACAAAAACAUAGUUUCUAAUUUUUAAUGUACUCAGUGAAACUUGGCAAUUCACCUUGGGUCAGGCUAAGUUGAAAGGCUUUCUUUAGGGCUGAAAGUAAAUGAAAUUGGAAUCACCCAAAGGGAAUUUCUCCAAAAAAACCUCAGACCCAGAAGCGUAAAAGCUACAUAAGGACAGAACUCCCAUGUGUACAGACAGUUCUGUUACUUUUUGUUCUGUACUAUUCUGGAUGUUGCCAAAAUCAAAUUCAUUCUGAAAAUGGGAAGCAAGCUAAUGCAUAUGCCAUCCAUGAGAUUCCCACUUCUGGGUCAGCUCAUAAUCCAUUCAACCCUUUCCUUUUAUCCAUGUCUUCUUCAGAAUAAGACAUUUUUGGUCCAUAUUUUCAUACUAAAUAUGAACACUUUACAGGUUCUACAUAAAUAUAUGGAUACUUUACAGCUUCUACAUAAAUAUUUACUGGUUUUGAGAUUCACUUCAUGCAUUCUGUACUCAAAUAUUUGUACCUGGAGAUGUUGCACGUUACACCAAGGGAGCAGAUUCUUUCACUUAUCAUUUAGGAGUCCAUAUUUUUCUUUUCUUUUUGUCGUUCCAACAUCCUUAAACCUUACUCAGCUCUUCAAUUUAGUAAUUACCAACUAAUCACUGUAAGAGAAUCAGCACCUAAGUAACUUUGAUUCAGGCCAACUGUGAUAAGAUCAAACAGUUUCAAUCUGUACUUACUCAAUGGGAAGGAAUGUGGCAUCAGGAAGAGUAAUUCCAGUGACAUUACUAAGACUUUUAUGGAGGGAAUAAAAUUUGAUGAGAAAUCUUGAGCUGAUUCAUUGACUUGAUUUGGAAGUUGAGAAAAGAGUAUUUAAGGCACAAUGGAGAAACACGAGCUAUACUCAGAGAAGACCUGCUGCAUUGGUCAAAAUGUCAUGGUUUCUGGAAAUUUCUUCUUACUAGAAAAAAAAAAAAAAAAGGCUUCCAGAUAAGCAGGCUCAGUGGGAAUAAAAAGGCAUAGAGGAAGCCUAAAUAAGUACUUGCUUGCUUUUCCAUCUUUUUAUAAGUGGAAGAGAAGAUGAUCUGCCAAAAUACAAUCCAACAUGCUCAGUAUGAAACAGCCCUCCAUGAAUUUUAUUGUAACAGAGAAUGAGCGUUCUUAUUGAGCCACAGCUACAUCCUCUAUUCUUGCAGCAAGUGUACAUGUCUUUUGACCCUCCACAAGAGAACAAGCAGGACAUCUCUAUAUUCCUAUUGAGUCUAACUUCAUUAUUAGAAAGGACUUCCCAGCCAUCUGUUCCACUUGGUGUUAAAAUUCCCUUACAAAUUCAUCGCUAAGUGCUAAUUCCGAAUCUACUUAAACAUCACCUGUGUCGAGGAGCUCAUUACCCCUUGAGGUCUUACAUUUCUUGCAUCACAUUUUGUUACAAGCUACCCCUGACUUUAAAACAGAGCCAGGCUUUGGGGCCUGUGUUCUCUUUGGUGCCACACAAAACUAACCAGUAGUACACAAUACAAUGUUGCUUCCUCCCUCCUUUUCCUUUCAUAUCUAUUUGUUUUGUUUUGAGCAAUGCAUUACUUUUUUGAAAAAGCUCUGAUUAUACAAAUUUUCAAGCAUCCCUAAAAUUAGUCUGAAUGAUGUCCUGAGAGCCAGACGUUAGAGUUUAUGAGCUUUUGUUGCUGGUUGUACUUUCCUGUUUAGAAGACAGAUCGUUCUGACAGUUGUUAGGUAGCUUCAUGCCUUCCCCAGCAACUAACCCAUGAACAGUACACCCCAUUUAUUUGACUUGUUGAUAAUGAUCUUAAAAAUGCUGGGAAAUGUUGGUGUAUAAUCCCCAGCUCUAACAAGGAAAAAGUCAAAAGCAAAAGAUAGUGGUACUGUGGAAAGCUCAUUGUUUUCCCUUAGUUCAUCUGUGGAAAAGGAUAUCAUUCUUGAGGAAAGGGGUUAUAUUAUGCGAUAGUUUUAUGUGGAAAUGUACAAACGCUUUCCUCAUUGCUCUGGAUGACUAAUCAGUUUCAAUAGUAUUCGUUUGUCUUUGGGAAGACCAUGAUUGUGGCUUCUUCUACCCCAGCUUUGAAUGAGAGGGGCCUGUAGGCAGAAAUUGCCAUCGGUCUCCUGGGCAGGACCUGGAGGUAGCUUUCUGAGCUCUAAAAUAAUAAUUCCUAAGAGAGCUUAAAAACUGCUUCCACACAGAAAAUAGCCCAGGGAGGACAGUUAUUAAUAGCCCUAUUCUAGAAGGGAAAGCUGAGGCUCAAAUCAUUAAGUGACUUGCCAAAAGCUAUGACAUAGCUGGGAAGUGGCAGAUUUAGAGAUAUGCCCAGGUCUUGCAAGUCCAGUGCUGUCUACAGGGAGCCCACUCAGGGCCGAGAACACCUUAGAAGGCAAUAUAGACUUCUCACACACUACCAGGCCCCUAGUCGUCCAGGGAAAUUCAGAGACCAACUGGCAAAUCCGCACGUGUGCUGCGGUCUUAGAGAUCAUUUAGCACUUGCACACAUCUGUGUCAUCUUGUGGGAAACUGCUAGGUAUUCCGUGUGAUCAGCACCAUGAGGAAGGGGUGGGAAAAGACCACUGAUAAGAACAAACAGUGGGCAGAAAGAAGCACAUUGCAGUAAACUUCCCCAGAGAGAGUUGGUUUACAUUACAUUAACCGAAAACCUCUCCUUAACUGUCAGGUUCAGAAUAUCAACCGAGACCAUAUAAUUUAGAAUUCCUUGAUGUGCAGAGCUGACUUGAUUCCUAAAAGAAGUCUCUCUCCCAUGGACCAUGAUAUAUGUUCCACAGAGGCAGAAACUGCUGUAGGUUAACAAUGCAUUUUAGUCUUUCUCUCCGUUCACAUUUAUUGAGAACGCACCAAGUGCAUGUUGCCGCCACAGGCAUUUCCAAUCCAACCAAUCCAUGACCGGAAAUGUCUGUGAACAAAUGUUAUGGAACUGUUGGCAUUUGAGAUUUGGCCUUUGCCAUUUGAUAGACUUUGCUUCCCAGGUUGCUGUCAUUUUGUGAUGUAUUAUAAUUACAAGGAAUUCGGUACCAUGUUUUCGGACAACCUGCUAGAAGGUCUCCAUGUAUACUCUAGAAGUUGCUCUAUGUAGCAUUUCAGCAACAAAGUGUUCCUUCUCUUGAGCUGCAUCCCUCAGGAAACUGUACCUUUAAGGUGUGCUUUUCACUUUUUAUCUCCUCAUUUCGCUCCUUUAGUUGUUUGCUAUGCCCUAAAAUGUGUGAAGUAAGAGAAAAAUUAUAGUUUCUUCUCAUUAAAUCUCCUGCAUUAAAUCUAAGAAUCCCUUAAAAUAAUCAUACCUGGUAAGUGUGUUAUGCAUUUCCCUCCCUGGAGUUUAUCAUCCAUCAAGACAGUAUCAUCAUCCACCUGCUUAUUCCCUGGGACUAAUGAGAGCCAAGUUAAAUGGCAAAUGGCUUCUCAACCCUUCCUAGUCCUCACACCUGAGGAAUAAAGGAGACAUUAAUGGGACCGGGAGAAUGGUGGCCUUGGUUGAGAUGGCACAUUCAAAGACUAGAAAGGUGCCUCACCUCCCUGUGAGGCUUCAUAAAUAUUAUGGCCAAUGGAGUGGAAAAUGAUUCUUGUCGAAUAGAUGGAGUAUUCCCACUCCUGAAAUGGAUUAAUAGAAGACACAAUUUGAGCACGUCUCAGAAUUAUCUAGUAUGCCUGAGGAGAGACACUCACUUGGAUGGAAUCUGUGUUGUCUGAUUAGAGGGAAUAAAAAGACAAUGAGGUGGUAAAUGUGAAAAAGCAGCCUUUUAGAAAAACGUUCUUUUCAAAUACCUUUAUAAAUCAUCUAAUUUAUCUUCACAUAAAGAAAAAAACUAAUAAAAAAUUUCAUAUUUCACUCUACAUAAUAUAUUCUCCCAUAUUUAGGGAUAAUGCAAUUAUAUUGUCUUCAGAACACACACACACAUACACACACAGACAUAAACACCUUCCAAGAAAGCUGAUCCUUCAAAAAAUAAAUCUUAUUUUUAAGCACUUGGGUUUUCAGGCCAGGAAAUUAAUAAAUCCUAUACCUGACCCAUUUUCGUAGCAGCUGAAAAGGAGAAGAAAAAGCUAUUUAAAUUUUGUGUGGAUCCAUUUAUCUUUUAAAAUAUUCCAAAGCAAUUUGAGGUGGGGGUGGAAACAGGUAUUUAACUCUCAUGCAUGAUUCCCUCUUUAUAUUUCUGUCUGUUGGGGAAAGGGUAAAGAACUAUUCUUGGUCAUUAUUAUUGAUGUAUUGUGUUGCCACUUUGUAUGGUGUCUGCUGUGCUUUAUCCCGAGGCAUAGCAGUAAUCGCUGCUUUCUUGUCUGUUUCUUUCAUCGCAAGAGAGUAAAUAUGAAGUCUGAAUGUCGUUCCUCACACGCAAAUUAUUUAACUCUGCUUCCGAACUAGUUUAAGAAAUGCAAAAUGGGAAGAGCUAGCUUUUCUUAGAUACAUUUCUACUUUUUUUAUUCUUUCUUGGGAGAUGUUAAGUAUAAAGGAAAAAAAGUCAGUUCCUUCUUAUCUCUCCUUUUUGGGUGACAGCAAGGCUCACUUGGCAAUUAUAAACCAGAAAUUGGAGGGUAGCUUGGGCAGGUUAGGAUAUAUCUGCCCAAUGUGUUUCAUUCUUUCAAGCAUAAACUUUGAGAGGGAAAGAGAUUUUUAGAAUUUAAAUGCCAACAGUAGGUAUGGCAUCAUAUUUUGACUUUCAAAUAAUAAAAGGGGAGUUGGUAUUUGGGCAGUGUUUGCAUUUUACUAAUCCUAUAUACUUUCAGCUUAAUUUUUAGAAGUGUGUCAAAUACAUCAACAUAUCAGGAUUAUAGUGCCCAAAAUAGUUAAAGUGCCUUGGACCGCCCUCUCUAGGUAGCAAAUUGAAACUAGCAUAGGACCAUGCCAUCCUUCUAGCAUAAUGGAGAAGUCUGAACUGAGAAGUAUUUUUGAUGAAAAACAUUUAGGACCCUGGAAAUGAAAUCUUUUCACCAACACUUUAUAGUAAAGUAGUAGCAAAAUUAUUUUUAAAAGACUUUCUUCCUUUUACUCCCCAUUUCCUCUUUUGGGAAAGCUGAUGAGCAAAUUAUCCAAGACUCAUUUUUUUCUUAAGCAAAGUCAGAAUAUUUCCCCUCUGAAAAUCUGAAUUAUGCCCUCAUUCUUUUUCAAGAAACAUCUCAAAGAGCAAACAGGAUUAAAGAUAACACUUGAUGGCCUGAUUAUUUGGCAUGCAUAAAAUUAUCAUGUGGUUUAACGUGCCUUAAGUGAAAAUUUACACUUAGAUGCGAAACCUUUACAGCUGGAUGUAGCAUUGAGCUUUUGCAUGUUUUCUAUAUAAUAAACCACUUUCGUUUUGUUUUGCCUUUUCACUUACACCUUUAUCAUUACUCUAACAGAUUUGGGGCUUCUCUUUCUCUACAGCUAAGUAAGGGAAUAUGUGCAAUUAUAAGACAUACAAAAAAGGAAAGGGAAAGGACUUUCUAAGUAGCAAAUCUGUGUCAUGAAGUAGAUGUGACGUGAAGAUACAGAGCCUGAGAAUAGUAAUUUUCCCUGAGCCACGCAGGCAGGCUUUUAUUUCAUGCCUUUUCUCCUUCUGUGCCGUCACCUUUGAGAAAAACGACUGCACCUUCUCCAAGUCUGCCUUUUUAACAGCUACAGUUGAGUUGGCAAGACUUCCCCAGUUCUGAAUAUAGCCAUUUGCCGACUCCGGCCUCUUUGCGAGACUGACUCAAAUCUGUGAUCUUCUGUUCAGCAUACACAUCAGCAAAGUGAGAAGAUGAGCACUAAAUAUAGGCUCUAUUAACUUUACUUUUAGAUUUACUGCCUUCACAAAGUGCCUAUUCUGAGCAACAUAAACGUUAUUCCUUACAUAUGUAUGUACACACGGUACCCAGAGUCGUACUGUGCAGCCUUCAAAAACAUACCAUCAGAAAGAGUAGGUGCUGAGAUAAGGAAACUUUGCCAAAUGGAAGAAAGUCACUCACUUCCAAUAUCCCCUCUUGAGUGGCUACCGUGAAACGGGCUGCAAACACAUUCCCUGAGCAUCCCUUGCUGAUACAGCUUCUUUAUAUUUUUAUCCUACUGGAUGGUAGCAUAUUGCUGAGGUUUCCUGUACUCUGCUUCAAGGGAAUGUAAGCUUUAUGGCGUUGAAACAUUUAGUCAGUAAAAAAAAUGUUUAAGAGAAUUAAUAGCGCCAUAGUCUGUAUUAGGAUGUGCGUAUAUGUGUGUUUUAUAAACUAAGCAUCAGUAGUUUUAGAGUGUUAGAGUGUCGACAUGUUUCCUCUCCUUUUGUCUCUCAGGCUACCAUGAGAGAAAAUUAAAGAAAAGUCUUGGCAGUGGGGAUUGGAAGCUCGGGGGGCCAAAUGUCUUUGCCAGAUCCUUAGAGCAUUAUUCCGACUCGUAAAAAUAGUAGUGUAUGUUAUUUCAUGGCUCUUGUUUCCAUAGUUCGGUCACUGACAGAACUGUCAAUACUGUUGAUGGAGCAGCAGCAUAGCCUAGAGUGAUGCAUUCUUACCUAAGGGUGGCAAUAGGAGAGGGUCCAUGUAAAUAGGAUGAGGUAGACAGGGCAUGAUUGUAGGAGAAGGGUUGAAGGGAGGACAUGAUUCCAAAAAAGAUCGUUCUCAAUGUGUCGUCUGACUCAACCAGCUGGCAGAUUACACUUGCCAAGUCGUUCCCUUUCCUUCUAAGUCAGUUGGCUCCAUAUUCACUUGAAUAUGCCUCUGUUUGGGGAAAGCAAGAUACCGCCACUUAACCUUUAUCCAAGGAAGCUUUUGGUGCCCUCUUAGUCAUAAAGUUGUCUCCUACCUUACCCAGUUUUACCAAAUGGAAGUAAAAGGGGACACACUAUGGAAGAUGAACUCCACGCCGUUGCAGUCAACCACCAUUCUGUUUUCCAUAUAAGGAGCCCCUUUACAUAAGCUAUGGGCGAGGUUGGAACAGCCAUGUUUUAUAAUUUCAAGAGUGUGACCACCUUGCUCCAGUCAUCAGCAUUGUAUGAAUCCAGUUGACUUUUUGGCAAAAGAGUGAUACUUUUCACUAAAAAUGUCUACUCUUCCUGUUGAUGUUCCUUUUCUGCUUUUACCUUAUCCAAUUUCAACACUAGUCAUUUUUAAAUUUUUUUAGGGAAUCAGAUUUUAGUGCAAGAAAAGAGUUCAAAAAUUUCAGUGUGGUGUCAUAAGGAUGUUGGGAUACAGAGAUUUUUUUUUUCCUUAGAAACAAAUGGACUGGGAAAGACACAGCAUGGCUUUGCUCUGAGUUUCCAUCUGAUGAUUAUGACCAUGAAAGAUAAUCUUUAUGUGAAGGUUAAAUGGUGUUUACAAGUGGAUAGAUAAGGGGGAGAGGGUGAGAAGUGGGGUUUUCUCUACGCUGAAUGUAUCUACUAAGAGCAGCACUUCCUACUAGCUAAGCACAAUCGUAGCCCCACCAUGAACAGCUGCUAGUCUGAAUAACAUUCCCUGACUUAGGGAAAGGCACACGAAAACAUAUAGGGAAUAUGUCUAUUUUCAUAUGUGUGAUACUGACAGAGCCAUGAUAUUCCUAAAAUAUAGGUUUCUCUUUUUUCUUAUAUUCUUAGCAAAUUGCAUUUAUUCACUACAUUACAAACCAUCACUGAUGUAUCCAAAAUAGCACACAUAGUUCAUUAUGAAAAUAAGAGAAUAAAAUCUGGUAUAAGCAAGUGAUUUAUGUAUUUUCUUUCGUGUUUGUGCAUUAUCCAACUAUAUUAGGACCUGUUUUCUAUUUACCUUCUAUCAGUUUUCUCUAUCAAUUAUGUUUUUUCAAUGCUCUAUAAAAAUAAAUAUGGAAAUUAUAUUUCUUUUUUCUGUAAAAGAAUUGCAACUACUUUAUUAUAUUUAGAAAUCCAAUAAACUUCUUAUUACA